GAGCAUGGGCAUAAAGGCAUAAACAAACAAACAAGGUAGAAGAUGGCGGAUAUUCGUGCAAUAAGGGGGGCAUUUUUGUGGACUGACGACGAGGUAGAACUUCUGCUUAGGGUCACACUAGAGUACAAAACGACCAAAGUACAGGAGAAUGUUGACUGGGAGUCCUGCAAGUGUAAAUAUAGCGAUAUUUCUCGCGCAUUUCACGCGCAGUAUCCGAGGACCCUGGCAGACAAGGAUUUCCCUCACGACGCGAACGCCAUUACAAAGGUCCAACUUACCGCCAAGCUUAAGCAAAUUCGGAACAAGUACAGGCAGUUGGUGAACACUGGGAGUCGGAGUCACCAAGGACGUGUUAUGCUCUUGUUUUUCGAGCUGUGUGAAGAGGUCUGGGGUGGCUCGCCUUUUAAUCGCACCAUUAGCUCCCCUGCUACUAGCACCAGCUCCCCUGCUACUCGCACCAUUAGCUCCCCUGCUACUCGCACCAUUAGCUCCCCUGCUACUCGCACCAUUAGCUCCCCUGCUACUCGCACCAUUGGCUCCCUAAGCUCCGGCAUCGAGACGGGGGACCUGGAAGAGUCGUAUUCCGGACAGAGUGCAUCCCCGAGUUUGGAGCGUUCCAAAGAUUUGCCACAGCCACAGUCGAGCCAAUCCACCGAAGGUCUGCCAGCUGCGGUUGUAAAGCAACGCAGGGAUCUGCUCCAGCCAAAGCUGAACAGCCACAGAAUUGACCGGCUGAAGAGAACACUUCCAGCUGACAAUGCAGUGCAGGAAGACAUCCAAAUAAAAAGGAGGAUGUUGGGGACAAUGGAGCAAACAUCCAGCCGCAACGCAGACAACAUGCUGCAGAUAAAUGCCAACUUUGCCAGCAUUUCAAGCACUAUUCAGGAAAGCUUUUCCCUGAUGAGGGACUUAAUGCGUGCACCCCCCCACAGUAGCGGCGGUGGAUAUGGACAAUCCCAGGAGCACUCACCACCAGUCAUGCAGUCAUUACUCAAUAACAAGACAAAAAUGGUGCCGCAAGAAGUGGAACAUGUGAACAGAAGUAGCUCCAGGAUUCGGAACCAAAAGCGGUUAAAAUGUAUAGAUGAUGGGGACAAGAACACAAAUGAAGAGGAGGAGGAAGAUCAGGAAGACGAUGAGCAGCCAAACACAUCCGAACACACCAAGAGAACACAACCAAGGCUCGUGACUGUAACCUGUGGAAACAAAACGGGAAUCCUCUACGUAGAGAAGCUGGAGAGGGGUGAGGAGUGUAUCAAGAGUGAGGGCCGCUGGUUUGAUCCCAAAGGAUAUGAGAUCUUUGGGGGAAAGCCUCUGCAGUUUUGGAUUGAUAAAUGUAAGAUCCCGCCCCCAGAUCUCACAUCAGAGAGCAUGUCUAACGUUUUGGCAAUGAAGACAGAGGAGGAAGAAAGAGUGGCUCCUGAUGUUGCUGAUAACAACAGUAAAGACGGUUGGUGUACGCCAUUGCAGGAGGAUGCACAAAAUGAAGAGAACGGAGCGCACAGAGUCUCGCCAAUAGAUGAUCCCAUUGAUAUCUCAACAACCGUCCAACCGUCAGAGGAGCAAUUGAGAGAGAGGUUUACACAAAGUAAUGAAAUAAAAGAAGGUGGACAGAGAGAACUUCAAACCGAAACAUCGCUACUUGCUCCAGCUACCUCAACACCAACAAUCAAACCUGAACUCCUGGAGAAAACUGAAGACACUGAAACAGCCAGCGUUCAGACUGCCAUCUUUAGUGGCUCCCCUCCGCUGUUAGUCACACACAUAACUGGAAACACCAGAGACGCUUCCUCAAACACAGCAUACAUUCACGAAGGUCCUCAGAGGAAGCUGGAUGACGGUUGUCAUGACGAAACAGAGGUAACGACAUCUGGUCAUGAUGCUGCACAAUUACAAGUGAUGGAGACAGAAACAAGGGUUCCCCAAGCCUCAAAGAGCACUCCAGUCUCCACUUCCUGUAAUCUGGAUACAAUGGACCUUGAGCAGCUGAAGAGAGAGAAAAUCAAAAUGAAACUAAAGAUCAUGAAGUUGCAAGAGGAGUACUACACUCUGAAAAUAAGGGAAAUUAAAAAGUGAAAUAGUUUUACUGUGGCAUAAAAACAUGGUGAGCCUAAAUGUUAUCGGUGACCGGUUGGACAAAAGGACAAUGCAAUCACAGAGGGUGUAAACCUGUAUCACCGAAAAGGACACUGAUAGCAAAAGACAACCAAACAAGUGUUGUGUUGUUCCUAAGUUAUCCUGCAUGUGAGAUCAUGUGAUCAUCGGUCAUUUGCUGCAUUUAAUGACAAAAGGCUUUUUUUAUCCUUUUUUUUUAAGGUUAACGAAAUAUUUCUUCUUGAAUUCUCAAAACGUGACAUCAUUUUUGUUGGUGAGAGAAAAUGAUUGUACUGUACAAGACAAAGACAUUAUCUAAAAUGUGCAUCAGAAGUUUAUGAGGUAGCCAGCCGGGUUUGUGUCCUAUGGCAUCAAAUACCUUCCUUCAGGUUAUAUUAAGCCAAUCACUUUUUUUAAACCUCAAACCAUUUACCUUUCCUUAACUUUGACUCUUAAUCCUAAGGUUAAAACAUGUUUACUACGACUAGUAGAGCUUGACAGUUUGACCACAGAAACAUGAAGACAAUAAAAACAUGAGCCAGAAGUUAAGGUUAACAUAAAAACAAAACAGUCCCGAAAGGACAAAGAACCUUACGCACAUCUCAAGGAGACACAAAGGCCAAUUUAAAUACAUGUGGGUCUUCAGUUGUUUCUUAAAAGCUUCUACAGCGACCGCAGACCGAAUGUUUUUAGUAAGAGUUCCAUAGUGUUGAAUCCACUACUAUUCUGUGUUUACACUUUUCUGUAUGCAUUUAUGUAGAGGAACCAUCCAGAAAUGUAGCAAUAUCUAAAUAUUUUGGGAUAACUUGUGAUUGUACUUUGCUGAUUGUACACAUAUUAGUAAAGACCUCUUAGAAAAACUUUCUUUGAGCUUUAAGAGAGGAAAUGUACACAUAUUGACAUUUAAUAAAAACUCAAUGUGUGUGUGUAACCUGUUAA